UGUGAGGGGAUGGGGCUCCACAUUGCUCUCCCAUUGGCCGCCGAGCCGUCAGCUGGUGCUAUUUGCUGCUGUCGCUUUUGGCGCUCGGCCAUCCAGAAACAAACCAGUUCGAUGACUACUAAUAGUUAUAGCCAGAUGUACUAAUACACAACAAAUCACAGUCCUGCAGAGGGGAGAGCAAAUGAGUUCCUAUUUUGUGAAUCCCACUUUCCCUGGGAGCCUGCCUAAUGGCCAGGACUCUUUCCUCGGGCAAAUCCCCCUUUAUCCAGCUGGCUAUGAUGCUCUGAGGCAUUUCCCAGCUUCGUAUGGGGCAACAAGCCUCCAGGACAAGACCUACACCUCACCUUGUUUUUACCAACAGUCCAACACGGUCAUUGCUUGCAAUCGGGCAUCCUAUGAGUAUGGAGCCUCGUGUUUUUACUCUGAAAAGGACAUAAGUAGCGCCUCUCCCUCCGGCAGUGGCAAGCAGAGGGGACACGGGGACUAUCUGCACUUUUCUCCUGAUCAACCUUACAAAUCCGACAGUGUGCAAAGCAAAAUUUUAAAUGAGGAAGGCACCGACCGGAAGUACACGAGCCCUGUUUAUCCCUGGAUGCAGCGGAUGAACUCCUGCGCUGGCUACGUGUGCCUCCCGGUCAUUCAAAUUGUCAGUUUUAGGUACAGAAGUAUCCAAACCACAAGUUCUCAGUAUUCUAUGAAAAAUGGCUCCUUACAAGUAAAGGAUACAGAUUUCGUUGAAAAGUUUCCCCUCUCUGAUGCCAACGCUCAGCAGCUAGCUCUAUAUUUUAACAAUCAAAUCAACUUAAACCACAAUAAGCGUCGUUGGCAGAGAUGGAUUUUGAGGCCUGACUUUAAUUACUUUGACUACCGCAGAAGAUAAUUACUUCCUUUGCGCCAUAGACUUUCCAGUUUAGCAAAGAUCCGAUACUACACGCGAUUUUUUAAAAGGGGACUAAAAUGGCUUGAUUUUCUCUGUGAAGUGCCUUAUAGAGGCAUGGUCACCAGUAGGUGGGCCAAUGUGGCAGUUACCUUUGGACUGGAAAAUAUUUUGUACACCAGAGCAAGCAUUAAAAUGGCAUAGAUGGAAUUUUCUAGGAUUCCUCUUUCCUAAUAUUUUAUAGACAUAGCUAUUUUAUAUGACUGUAGCCGGACGUGUAAACGCAGUGUGCCGGUGCUCACAGCCACUUACAACUUUGUCUACCUUUUUGCAGAAACGGUAUGUAUUUGUUGUAUUUCCACUGUUUUGCUAAGAGAACGCAUUGACUGUAACUUGGAACGUUAAUGCAAGCUACCACAGAUCAGAGUGCUGCAAAUUAUGAAAUACAGACUAGAAUAUGGACAGUUCUAAAUAACCGCGCCUCUCCAGAUAUUACUGGCUGGCAAUUGUGAGGUAGGCCCCAGCUGCGUGUUUACUUCAACAUUCUUUUUAAGGAGACUAUUCUCACCAGAGUGUGAUUACUCAGCAGUAAACUUUAUGGCCGGAUUUUACUUUAGUCUUUGAAUUUCCAGGGCUGAAUGAAGGGGCGAAAGGAACUUUCACUUUCUCUCUCUCUCUCUCUCUCUCCUUUGUAGAAUUAGAGCCAGAUCCUUAAAAUCUUCACUCGCUAGAUCAUUGCUUGAAUGAGUUGUCUCACUGAACCCACUCGGACUCAUUGGGCUGAUAGGGGCGGUUGCUAAAUUGAGUAAAGGUUUGAAGAUUAGGCCCACAAGAUUUAAAUACAAACUUUGACUAUCUAUCUACCUACCUACCUACCUACCUACUAAGGUUUGGUCAUUUUGGAGUACACUAGAUCAACAGAUUUCUUCAAAGCAUCAGUGCAACGAUGUUGUUUUUCCUGCCAUGUCAUAAAUUCGAGUUAAAAGAACAACUGAAUUGUUUGUCACUAGAUGAUUUGUAGCUUUAUUUUGCUACGUUUCAUUCUCUUUUGAGUAUUGUCCAUUUUUUACUAGAUCAGAACUAAACCUAUUAUCUGACUGGCAAUAAGAUGUUAGAGUUCAGGAGACUUAGCCAGAUUAUUACUUGCUUUACUCUAGCAUAAUACCUCCACGAGGUCUAAUAAUGAAGUAGAACAUUCAUUCUACCUUUGGUUUUUUUUUUUUAAAUAAUCAGGGUUAUACUGUGAUAAAGCAAUACCAUACAUGCAACGUUAACUCCUCUGACUACUCCAAGAGGUAUGGCAGGUUACAAACUCUUCUAUGUUUUGAGUUAAUCUCAAACAUAAGGUAAAAAGUUUUAGAUUUAGUUUGUGUUUUAGUCUCUAUGACCACUAAAUAAAGACAUUUGCAUAUCAUUUCUAUAGUAAAAUGGAAAAGAACUAGACUCUAAGAGUGCAUUCUUCAUUGUACUUUAUAGCCAAAGUACAAACUAGAAUAAGUCCCAUAAUAAGAAGUUGGCAGUUUCAUGGUAUGCAAAUAUAAUAUUAGGAAUACAGAAAAGUUAUAUUUGAUAGGAAUGAAUUUAAUUGUAUGUCAUAAUACCCAAUGUUUAAUGGCAAAAAUAACACAUAAGCUAGUUUCAAGCUUCUUUCAUAGAUUGGUGGCUUUUCAGAAGAAAAACACCUUGUAUUUGCUAUUUCAUAGAUUAAAACUAAAGAUAAUAGUUUGAUUAUCUCAGUUCCUUAGCUCCAUUAUGAGAACAGAAUAUCCAUCACAAGGCAAAUUUACUUAAUUUUUUAAAGGAAUCUUUAUGUCAUCUGAGGUUGUGAAUUGUCAGUGAAGGAAGAAAAAUAAUUUCCUACCGACAUGAAAUUCUAUGCAUUUUAGCUUCUCGAGCAUGCUAGAUAUAAAAUGCAGUGUGGAUAUAUGUGGGUAUUGUGAAAAUAUCCUAAUACAUUCUAUAAGGAGCUAUGGGACACACUCUUGAGCUACAAAAUAAAUGUGAUUGAAAAAAUUACUAUAAUUAUAAAAUAUUUCUCGUCUCUUUUUACCCUCGCAAAGCUAUGACAGCUUGAAUCCUCUGAAAACAGAAAUGCGCUAAGAUUUUACAAUCCAGACUGUAACAGAAAACUCUAGAUAAAGUCGAAAUGAAAAACUCUAAAACCUUUCCCAAAUCCUAAUGUCCUUGUUUGGAAAUAACUGUUUUCUUCCUGGAGAAUGCUUAUUUGGAAUCAGGAUUUUGCUCUUUUCUGUACCCAUUAUUUUUCUAUAGUAUUUUUAAUUUAGUGCUCUUGGGUUUACUUUACUGAAACUAUCGCAAAUUAUUAUCUACCUAGUAUUAAACUAUUAUUAACUUAAUCCUUUGAAAGAAAUUCUUUAGUGUAGUGUAUCAGGUCCAAGCAUAAAGCCAAUUAAAGUGGAGGCAACCCGUUAGUGCUUAUACCUAGUAAUUUAUAAGCCUGAACUUUCACUAAACUGUAAGUAUAUGUCUUGUGAAAGUCAGAUGUAGUUUUAGGUGAGUAGCUUUAUCUGAACCCUGCACACGUACUGAUGAUUAGAGGUACUGAAAGUAUUAUUCGCCCAUUUCCUUACAUUUAGUCAGGGUGUGUCUGUAGAAGGGUCAGAACCUAAAUGCCUUCCCUCUGUUCUAUGGGAAAUUGACUGUAACAGAUUCAUCUGGGCGGAUCAUGAUUUUCUAUUUCGAAUCGUACCUACUGGAGGAGUGCAUUUCCCCCUCACAGCUGAUACAGAUUUAAUAAAUUAAAUACAUACAUAAAUAAACCUUCUGACCAAUCUAAGCAAUCUGUUUUCCACCUUAUCUUUUUUCUCACCCAGAGGCUUCAGAGAGACACUAAUUCAAUGUUUUGGUUUUUUAUCUCUAGUACAAAGGUACGGCUCAUACAGUAGCCUGCUUCCAUCUGAAAACAUUCUCCUUUAGAAACGAAAGCAUCCUUACUAAUAUUUCUAUGUUCCAACUGAGUCAGAUGCAUCUAUAGCUGCCCGUGUACACUGGCCCACAUGUGGCAUGCAGAGGGGCAAGAUGUGCACAGGUUCCCCCUUUCCAAUCCACAUGCGGAUUCUGUCCUAGAUCCAAAAAUGUCUUUUCAAUAAUAAUAUUUGUUAUGAAGGUUAUUGGGUAAUUAUUGCAAUUUUGUGAAACAGUCCUUGCUUGAGGUGAAGUCUGUCUCUGGAUAAUAAAUGGCAGCCCGUGCAGUUCACUGCCAGGUUAAGUAAAUGCAGAAAAGAUAAAUCUGCACACCCUAGGAAUCACCAGUAGAGCUCGCUUUAGACCAAGUUCACAGUCAACUCGUUUGCCUAGACAAGGCUUCUCAAACAAUUAGAGUUUCUUUAUUUUUUAAAUAAAGACGAAAUGACUAAGUACUUAGCAACAUAUAGCUACAUCUUCCCCCCAGUGCUAUGCAGUACAUACUUUCCAAUUGCAUGUCCAGA